CCACAACUGAAGCACAACUGAAGCACGCGAGCGGCGCACUACAUCAAGGUAGUAAACAACAGCUUGUCUGCGAGAAAAGAUCUCUGUAGAUGCAUGGUGGAAUGUGUAUCUGAGAUUUUACCAGAAGACGCUGGACCAUAUGUUCAGAGAGUUAGAUUUUGAAUUGUGCAUCCAACUCCAUUGACUAGAAUCCCCCUGACAGCUCACUGAACCCAGCUUUCCUCCGCUGCCAUGGCUUCCACACCUCCACCUCUCAUGAAGAAGCACAGUCAGACUGAUCUUGUGAGUCGCCUCAAGUCCCGAAAGGUCCUGGGUGUUGGUGGGGAGGAUGAUGAUGGAGAGGUGCACAGGUCAAAGAUCAGUCAGAUGUUGGGUAAUGAGAUGAAGUUUGCUGUACGUGAGCCCAUUGGUCUCCGGCUUUGGCUCCUCAUCUCUGCAGUGCUUUUCACAUCCACAUCCUUAAUGGCCCUGGCUUUUCCCAGCCAGCUCUACGAACUAAUAUUUGAGAUCACCACCACCAGGAUGUCCAUCAGACUCUACGGGGGAGCCCUUCUAUGUAUCUCAUUAAUUCUGUGGAAUGGCUUGUACACAGUGGAAAAGGUCAUCAUUCAAUGGACGCUACUUACAGAAGCGUGUUACUUCGGGGUACAAUUUCUAGUCUCUGUACUCAUCCCCCCCCCCCCCCCCCUCACCCUCUUGGAGAUGGGCACACUGUCCAAAGGUGCAAUCGUUCUUCUUCUCAGUGAAACCUUCUUCCUCUUCAUCACCUUGAGUUACUAUCAUCACCUCGGCCGGCGCACCAAAAAGAUCUGAGGAAGGCCAGCUAUUUGUUAGAAGGGUAGAUUGGCGGCACAGAAUGCUUUGAAUACAGUAGCACCACUGCCUGGACCAAAUGAAUUUACACUUGACUGAAAAUCAACCUCUGUUUGUGGGCAAUUUCCAUUUUAUGUAAGUACAAUAUCUGGGUAUUUACUCUCAUUAGAUACAGAGGACCACAGAUCAUGACUGUUGUUUUUAUGUUACAUUAUGUUACCUACAGUGGAUAUAAUUAUCUGACAGCUCACUUUUUUGUAAAUGCUUUUUCUGAGAUUUUAUUGUAUGGAGGGUAGAUUUAUGGCACAUUUGUACAUGUCAGAGAAUCCCAAAUGUGUCAAAUUAGUUUGGGAAGAUGACUGUAAUUCAGGUCAUAUUAUGUAAGAGUUUAGUGAACUUUCUGUAUGUCUGUAUGUGGUGUGUUAUUCUAUUACAAGAAUGUAAUUUUAAAAUGGUACUUGUUAUAUUUGUCAGGCACAAUAGACACAGCAUGGCACAGUGUACAACAACAUACUGUAUACUGCAAGACAAAGGGUAAUACAACGAAUAGCAUUCAAUUAACAAAUACAUAACUUUUUUUAUAUAUUACAUACAUAGGAUUGCUACAUUUACUUGUAGUUACUAACAUUGCAAAGUGAAGACUUUGCAAAUACAUUCCUUUUGGAUUUAGGUUCCCAACAGUACAUUUUGGUAAGAAUAACAGAUGUAGUAUUAAAUGGCAUUUAAAGUGUGUGUAUUUCAGAAAGUACCUUAUUAACUUAGUAGUUGUAAAUGUAUUACUGUUAGAUCGUCAAAUACAGCUUUGUGUGGCUUCACACAAAGAAAUUCUUGCCCUACCUAUUCAGAUGUAACAUUUUGCUGCUUUACAUACCUAAUGGACAUUUACACAACAGUCACUAAAGUAAAUAGUGCAAUUAUAAACUUAGUACAACUCCCCUUUAAGACAGAUUAAAAGAUUACAGAGAAUCAGUCAUUUGAAAAAUCCUUUGAGGGUUCAGGUGAUUUUUCCAUGUCUUCAUGACAUUCAAGAUGCAUGCUACUAAUGGCUUUACUUUCACAAAUGUAUCUGUAUAUAUUAAAGGGACAGUCCACCCAAAAAAUUGA